AGUUCCCCCGCGACAUCGCUACCCCGCCACCAGUGACACCGUCUACCAUUCAGCCUUCCCUUGUCGCACAUCCACACUCUAGCGGUCGCCCACCAUGCCUGACUUCAAGAUGCCGAUCCGCAACCCUUUCGCGAAGCGCCUUGUAACCGACGUCCAGGACGAGAACGCCCGCCCCGCGCUAUCAAGAGAUGCAUCCUCUGGCUUCGAGAGGGUAGACACCGUUGGCUCAAAGGCAUCUUCAGUGCUGAGUCUGCGCUCGAACCGCAGCCAAGACACUGGUGACUACAAACUCAUCGUCAAUGACAGUGGUGUAUUCAUCCCGCCAUCGCCGGCCGAGGAGAAGCACGAAGCUCUGUGGCCCCGCCGGCCCGCCGCCUCAGCCCGGACGUCAGUAGACGGCCGCAGCAGCAUUGGCGACAUUGAGCACUUUGGCAUCUCGCGAGAGUCAUUCGACUCAUACCGUCGCUCAUUUGAUAUCUCGGCCAAGUCGCCUGUCAUGGUCCAGGAGAGGCCUCGCCAGAGUCUAGACUCUGCUCGCUUUCCCCGGUUUCCCCGUGCGAAUCACCGGGGCCCGUCCAUCGACAUUGACCAGCCCACACUCGUAGAGGAAGGGUUCGAAGACGUGGGCCUGCAUGACGAACACAAGCACGGCAACCACCAGGGAGAGCAGCCCAAGAAACGCAGCUUCUUUUCCAAGCUCACAGACUCGCAAGAACCGCACAACAAUGCAGCUGCCCCCUCACAGGGCAUGUCGAGGUUUAUCCCUGGUCGCAAACGUGCCCCAAGCACAGGCCAGGAAGCCGAACUCGGCAGCAUGCAGCGCAUGAACACUCUUCCCCUUGUGGACGCCCAAGAAAUGAGGUGAUUUUACGACUGCCCACCAGAUCCCAUGGCUGGGAUAUAGACAAGAAAAUCUGUUUUUCUGCAUUAUAAACAAAGGCGUUACAGGAACAAGGAUAAGGCGACCACCCCGGUAUACACACGGGAGUUUGACAUCUCGCCAGGCUUCACUC